UUGCCAGGUCAAGCCAGGGCGUGCAAUACGAAAUGUAGCCACGACAAGCGCCUGGGAGGAAAAAAAAGGGAGAACCCCACGCCUUCACUCGAAGCGGAAAGAAAGACAGAAGCUGGAGCGUUCCCUCGGCGAGGAUUGUUCGGCCUCGGGGCCCGUCGUGCCGCGGCGGCAUCGUUGCCGCGGGCGUACGGCGCGAGAGCACAGCGGCGAAGCAACGGAACGACGACCACCACCGCCGGCGUAGUAGUGGCCCAGUUCUGGGAGCCGCGCGGCCCGUGCGCGCCGUCGGAGUGAUACACGUAUCGUUGUCUCUGUCCCUUCUUUUCGUUUUUUUUUUUCGGCCAAGUUAUAGUCGGUGCAUCGCGUCGUUUCUCUGUGGUGCGUGCUCCCCUAUUGCUUUCGGGCUGGUGUUCCGGAGGGGGGGCGAGCUAUGAAGGCCGUUAUCCCGAGGUUCGGCGACUCGCCGAUGCGGACAACUAGACUUCGGCCUCGGAGACGACGUGACGUCGCUAGCGCCGACGACGCCGCUGCUGCUGCUGGCUGCCACCACUGUGUGUCCCGAGUGGAAACGCUGCAGCGCCAGUGAUGACCUGCAGGUGCCGAGGACAUGCCGACCUGAAGGCGCCAGAGCAUGUACCACCACGCGAGCAACAGCCGCGGCACCUUGGAUGUGGAAAACCGCGUCGUCCUCAACGUGGGCGGCAUACGCUUCGAGACGUACAAGACGACCCUCAAGAAGAUUCCCGCGACGCGCCUCUCCCGGCUCACCGAGGCACUCGCCAACUACGACCCCGUGCUGAACGAGUACUUCUUCGACCGCCACCCGGGCGUCUUCGCACAGAUACUCAACUACUACCGCACGGGCAAGCUGCACUAUCCGACCAACGUGUGUGGCCCGUUGUUCGAAGAGGAGCUCGAGUUCUGGGGUCUGGAUGCCAAUCAGGUCGAGCCUUGCUGCUGGAUGACGUACACGGUGUACAGAGACACCCAAGCCACAUUGGCCAUCCUGGACACGCUCGACAUCGAGAACGAGAAGCCCAGCGAUGAGGAGCUGGCGCGAAAGUUCGGCGUCGAAGAGGACUACUACGCGGGCAAGCUGUCCUGUUGGCAGCGGCUCAAGCCACGCAUCUGGCUGCUCUUCGACGAGCCCUACUCGUCGCUGGCCGCCAAGGUCAUGGCCGUCAUAUCGGUCUUCUUCAUCUGCGUCUCCAUCCUCUCGUUCUGCCUCAAGACGCACCCCAACAUGCGCGUGCCCGUCAUCGUGAACCGGACCGUGACGCAGCGCAACACCACCGCCUGGGUCCUGGACAAGGUCAAGACGGACGCGCACGACGCCUUCUUCUACGUGGAGAGUGUGUGCAAUGCCUGGUUCACCUUCGAGAUCACCAUACGGUUCGUGGUGAGCCCGAGAAAGCUAGACUUCGUGCGCGCGCCCAUCAACAUCAUCGACUUCAUCGCGACCAUGUCCUUCUACUCGGACAUGCUGCUCCAGCACCUCGCGGCGGACCUGGAGAACGCCGACAUCCUGGACUUCUUCUCCAUCAUCCGAAUCCUGAGGCUGUUCAAGCUGACGCGCCACUCGCGCGGGCUCAAGAUCCUCAUACACACCUUCAAGGCCUCGGCCAAGGAACUCUUCCUGCUGGUCUUCUUCCUGGUGCUGGGCAUCGUGAUAUUCGCCAGCCUCGUGUACUACGCCGAGAGGCUGCAGGCGAACCCGCGCAACGACUUCACCAGCAUCCCCGAGGGCCUGUGGUGGGCCAUCGUGACAAUGACCACAGUGGGCUACGGGGACAUGGUGCCCAGGACUUACGUAGGCAUGCUCGUCGGGGCCCUGUGCGCGCUCGCGGGCGUGCUGACGAUCGGGUUGCCCGUGCCGGUGAUCGUGUCCAACUUCACCAUGUUCUACUCGCACACGCAAGCGCGCGAGAAGCUCCCCAAGCAGCGACGUCGCUUCGUGGGCGAGCCGCCCGGCACGGGGACGGCCGCGUCGGCGGCCACGGGGCCCGGUGUGCCGCAGGCGCGGCGCAUGAACGCCAUCAAGCACCACCAGCACAGCAGGGAGUUUGCCGCCACCAACAAGCCAGGUAUAUACAACGGCGUCAGCACACCGGACCAGGCACCACCUAUGCAGGCCAUGCUUACAUAAGCCCUGUCGUCUCCAGGAAGACAUCCUCUUUAGCGCAGUCAAACCUUGAUUGCGUUAACUCUGUGGUGCCCGCCCCGUGUCUCCUGAAAGAUGCGUCGCUAGCUGCCUACACUUUAAAGUCAAUGCUGAAUCUAUACUCAGAACUACUGACGAAGCCACCACAACGCCAGGUCAGGCUCGACGUGGAUAAACUAAAUUGAAAAAUGUUACAAAAAUGACAAAGAAGAAGAAGAAGAGAAAGAAAAGAUGGCCUCGUAUGCGUGUUCCCACAUCUGCCACAUGCGAACAAGUUUGAAGCUGGUGACAAAUGUGUCUUGCGCUUGUAGUCAAUAGAGGGCAAGAAGUUCGUUUCUAUUUCUUCCAGAAUAGUUGAGAAACGUUCUGCUUUUUUUUUCUCGUUUUUUUGUGCGGUGUACUCACGGUGCACCUUAACGCCAUCAUGGUGUGUACAGAAGUCGCGAUUUCACUGUUACUGUUGCUAGGCAAACUGUAGAGGAUGUCUGUUAACUCGUCCACUGGGAAGCACGUAACGACACAUUCCAGAUGGAGCCUCGGUCUAACUGAUAUCAGAAUCGAAAAAAAAGAUCGUUCUCGCGUUCCAUUAGCUUCACCAGCACUGUUCUGGCUCGAGCGAUCAAGGAAAAAAAAAGAAACGCGUAGCAAUUUACCCUAUAGAAAAAUGAUCCUAGACACACGAACCAACCAAGUCUAUGUACUAUGUAUACAGCGGGCACAUUGCCUGUGAAUGUAGCUGCAACACAAGAUUAAGCAUUUUUAGGAAAACAAGAACAUCGCACGCGGAAACUAAAGGUUUCUCAUUUUUUGUACAAACAAUUUCACAGUAAACUCUUGCGCGGUUUUGAUCUAUAGUCCUGUGGCGAGAGAAUUUCGCUCCUUAGGCGGCUCUUGCUUAAAUUUUCUUCCUUCGAAAUAAUUUUAUAUUCGCGCGCGUCCCAACCUUUAAGAACCAGUUUUCUGCCGACGUAGGUCUACACAUAUCUGCCUCUCAGAGACGUCGCUCUGUUCCCUGGCCUUGUCGAGAUAAAGAUAUAUAGAUAUAUAAAUAUAUAUGUAACGACGUUGCUAUAGAAUAUAUAUACAUAUAGAUGUAUCUAUAUACAAUGUAUCUAUAUACAAAACACACUUUCGCCUUCUUCUCUUCGCUGAACCAAAGUUUUCGGAAUGGAGUGCGGAAAUAGAUCGAGUACGCGCUGUAACUCAGGUACGCGCUUUCGUGUCUCCUCCCCGACCAAACAUUGCCGAGGUGUAAUGUGUGCUAGGACUAAAGAAGAAACGGCUUUCAUGUAGCUUAGAAAAAAAAAAAAGAACGCCAACUUGCGCCGAUAUCUUAGAGCUUUCAGCUUGCAUGAAACGUUGGUUCGUUAGCUGCUAUAAUCGCUUUUAGCGUUGCGUGAGCAGAUUUAGCUGCAAGCGUACGAACUCAGACCAUUCUCUUAAGCACAUCAAGAUGGAACAGAGCAACCUCUUUUACGCUUUUCCCAGUGUAAGUUACUCAAAACCGCCUUUGUGACUUUCCGUUAGCUCCGCCCGAAGAUGUUCCGGGGGAGAAAUCAAGCUUGACGACACAAGUAUGUGAAUAACGAGCAUCUUUAUAAAAUGUAUCCUAAAGAAAACAUAUCUUGCUCUUUGUAGCGAUGCAGGUGACAGUUACGCUCUGUGUCGCAGGAAAACAUGUGGACCAUGGCGCGCGAAAAUUUCUUCUAGAAAUGGUCGACAUGACACCACGUUGAUUUUUGCAGGGGUCGCCGGUGUCUUAUGUACCAGUUAAACUAUCGAUCUAUUUGAGAUCGUACAGUUUGUGGCAGAGAUCGACGAGAGAAUGGUUCCUUGACCAAACGUGCAGAGCCGCGCGCUUGAUUCAAAUAGGCAUAAAGAAAGCUGGAACAGGUAUUUACCUUGAUACUGAAAGGCAUAUAAGUAUCUCAUAGAAUAUCAUGGAACUUAAUCGAUGCAUACACAUGCGUCAUCGGACCAGAAGCAGAAAUGUCGACAUCGAUAGGAAUGUCUCAAAUUAGGUUUAUUAUCUCAAAUCUAAGUCUGUGCAUGAUAGACUGUUUUUCUCAAGUCUGUGUGCCUUUAAAUAUGAACAUGAAAGCACGGUAACCUGUAACUGAAGCGGUGAAGCACAGAGCAGACUUGGUAGAUUUUAGGUUUAGUUUGUAAGCUGAACGUCAAGAAACAUAUUUUGAAAAUGCAAAUGAGAACGUAAUUCUCUUGCUUCGUAUAUUGCAUAUCCGUGUUUGUUAUGGUAUGCGCGUUUUUAUGAAAAUUUUGCGGCUGCCACAAAAUCGACUGCAGCAGUAUUUAACUACAUGAACUUCUUGAGAAUAAUUGCUUGCGCAAUAAGCGAGAUAAAGUGGACGAAAGGGUAAAGGUUGAUUUUGCCUCUUGCGCCAGAGAAAAACGAAAUAUGGUGCAUACUAACGCAUUACUGGAGAGUCAAAGAUGGCAUUAGUGCUUGAGUAAGUAUUUCUGUUUUUUUUUUUCCCGAACGCUCACGUGUAUGCCUUGCCUUUGUCCGCCACGUGCUCUAAGCAUAGCACCACGAAUUAGCUGCACCUAUACUGUUUUCCUCAGACUGCUGUUUUCUCGGAUUUUUUAUUCGUCAAGAAAGUAAGACACCGCGCUCUUUUACAAGCCUAAUAACUGUUCACGUAUACUCUGUGUAUAAACACACGAAGAAAAAAAGAAGUGCAGAAACCCAGCGUUGCCUUUUUAACCAGUGGACGCGCAAUGUGGGACCAACAUGCUAAACAGAACCGAUACAAAGACAAAACCUUACGUGCGCCUGCAUUGAAAGUGCCCUGAAUCACCACAGCGGUUGCUGCCUGCAAGUCAGCUUGCUAGGAAAUCCUUCAAGGCAUCACGUGGGCUGCGGUAAGCGACACCUGCGGUCGUCGAGUCGGCGCUCGCUGGUCAGCAGACCGCCGAGGCGAUCAGAAGCACUCACCGCCGAGUUGGGUCGGGGACGCCGCCUUUCCCCAUCACGCUGCUGUCAUCAGCAUUCUCGGGCACUGCAACGGUGUUCGCUUCUCCAGCUACUAUGGUCGGGUCGAUCUCUUGUGUUUCGUGACUGUAACAGCUGCGCCUGAGGCCAGCGCGAGGAGGCAGUCUUCGUGUACGGCUGACGACGUGGACGGAGCACUGCGAAGACUUCAUCUGCCUAUUCGCUGCGAUCGCCAGCGGCGACUCCAGUGUGUGACGUCGGCUCCUCGUGCGCGUGACGUCAUCGCGUGUCUGGUGUCACGUGGUGACGACUCUUUCGUGCGACUUCUGCUGUGCUGUGCUGUGCCGGUGCAUAUCGUCUGACGAGGUGCGGUGAAAAAAAGUAAACAAAACAAUAAUAAGGGACGUUUCGGCGACGUUUUCGGUUGUGCUGCUUGCUUUGCGUAGGUCGCCAGAGAAGGCACCUCAACAAGCUUCCCUUCGGUGCCGUCCUAUUGUGGUGUGCAAAUAUUGGAACAUUCAAGGAAAAAGAUAAAAGAAAACGGGGACGUUGCAACUUUAUCGUGACGACGCACUACGACGAAAACAAGCUUCUCUGCUCUACGGCUGGAGUCAUCUCUUCACUUAUUUGGACUGUGCGCGCUUAAUUUCUGCUGAUGCCUGUGCUUGUAUAUCGGUUAAUUGGAGGAGGAGCUCUUGUUCACCGUGAUACUGAUACUCAAUAUGCCUCCUGAACAGAUGUUGCAGAGGUGCACGACAUCCGGGAAACAAUGACAUUAACUAGGUAUACGAAUGUGUUAGUGUUAAUUUUUUUUUUUUUGCAUCGCAGCAUCUGCAUCAAUCUUGGGAGUUUUGCAGUCUUUACUCGUUGGAGUGAAUGAGAUCGUUCAACUAAACCAGAUUAUCUCACUCGUCCAUCUACAGAAGAUACCGUGAUCGCCAGAUUGUUAAUUUUGUUUUACAUACCUCAGCAACCGGGCUGAAGGACAGUCCCAUAAUGUAAUAUGCCGUGGUAAAGAAAAUCGUUCUCUAGAUUGCGGUUCUAAGGCACAUAACAAAGUUGGGUAACCCUUCAAAACUGCACACCUCAUGACAUCUUAAAAGUGAGUCUGUGGAAAAGCUUUCGUCAAAUUGUUAUAGUGACUAACUACAAUAUUCACUGAUACAGCAAAUAUUUAAUGAGGAAUGUAUUCAAAUAUCUACAGCCGCCAUAACACAGCGCUGUGUUCUUCAAAACUUACGUUUCAGCAUUGCAGAUGCACUUAUGUGUGUUGUUGCAAUUAUGACAUUUGACACAAUUGUACGCAACCGCUAGAUUCGACGAAGUUGUCUAUUGGAUCGGUCCUGAUAGGAAGCCCAUGUUUCCACUUGCUCUCGACAUAGUAUGAUUAUUCUUCUACUAUGUACACCGACCGCGUUUCGAGUUGACUGUUGGACCUGCUAUCUGAUCUGUCUUCUAAUGACUAGAAUUGUUUUAUGAGACACACAGUCAGCAAAUUUCUUGCAGAUUACGUUCUUCUGUCGAUGUGGGUGCGAAUUUAUGUCUGUUUCAUCCAUGUUGAGUUCAGAGUGCAUAAAAUUUCAAUCGUUCAUUUCUUAUUUCCAGCUUGCUGCUGAUGUCCUUGUGAUAAAGAAAGGUUGUAGUUUGUUCGGGAUUUUCGCAGCGAAUGCGUGGUCCGUCAUUACAUAGCACUCAUACAGUCCGCACAAGCUAUAUCUGUGUUAAGCUAUAACACAACCUGUAGUGACCGUAGCAAGCUGAAGCGUCACAGGAGCCCUCCUCUAAGUGAAUAUCUCGCGGUGGGCGGGUGUUUGCCUGGGCGGGUGUUUGCCCAUGCCUGCUUCAGAGUUAGUCGAGCUCAUCCGUGAAUUUGACGCGUAGCUUCUCGCAUAAAUGCAAGCACGGGCCCGUCAUUCCAUGCCAAUGCAAGGCUAAUUUGAAAGAAACAGCACAAAUAAAUCUCUAGUUACAAUAGUUAGAUUGCGUUCUUGGAGUACCAAAUAGGUUGGUCUUACCAUGAAAUAAUUAUGCCAAAUACGCCCAUAUGAUAUGCCAGAGAAGGCAUCGUCACCUUGUAGUUCUCCCAUCAGCUUUCCGUGCCGUUGUGGACCUUGGCAACGUGCACUCAGUGCUAGCCAAAUGCUAAUAAAUGAUAAAAUAAACAAUUAUAUGGCAUUAUAUGACAUUAGAAAGUGAGAAAAGAGUCAAUCAGAGGAUUUUGGGAAACUGUGAAAAAAGACGGCCGAAAUACGCGAACCACAGUGAAAUCUGUGACGUCACAUUGAUGUCGCCAUCUCAACGGUUAGGU